GACACAUGGAAAUGAGGAAUAUUGGAUUACCAUGCACUGCUUACAUUUAUUUUGAGGGAUUUGCUGCACGGAAUGAGCUCUGUGAGAGCUGUCAAUCACCCCGUUGGAUUUAACAUGUCGUGCCAUCAUGCUUGAUCUGCGAUCAUCCACACUAAUGUUUUGAUGGCAAAGGAUCUACGUGUUUUUUUCCUUUCCUCUACCUGAUUUUAAACCCCUUAAACAUUAGUGAAUGCACAAAAGCCAAUUUUGGAUACUUUUGAGAACUUUUACAAGGAAAGGAUUUGUGAGGGGGUGGCGUCAGAACGUGACAGUAUUCUAAACAAACUGUCAGCUCUAUAAAGAGGACAAAACCAUGGCUUCAGUGUGGAAGAGACUGCAGCGUGUUGGGAAACAUGCUUCCAAAUUCCAGUUCGUCGCCUCUUACCAGGAACUUGUGGUGGAAUGCACAAAGAAAUGGCAACCGGACAAGCUAGUUGUUGUCUGGACACGCAGGAGCCGAAGGAAAUCAUCCAAGUCUCAUAGCUGGCAGCCUGGCAUCAAGAAUCCCUAUAGAGGAGUGGUGGUGUGGCCUGUCCCAGAGAACAUAGAGAUCACUGUCACACUAUUUAAGGAUCCCCAUGCAGAGGAGUUUGAAGACAAAGAGUGGACCUUUGUCAUUGAAAAUGUGAGUGCUUUUAUUCCACUCUUGUUGUUCUGUUGAGUUCUGUGUGCAGCCUGACACCUAGUGCUCAAACACAGUAAUCACACUAAUGUUGCAGUUUCAGAGUGCAAGAAUAAAGAAUGACUGAUUUGAGGCAGAAUAUGUUUGUGUC